UUUGAGUUGACGUUUCGUAUACUCGAAUAAUAUAAUUUCUCCAAUGGCCGUUGUUGUCUGAUUUUGGCAGUAUUUAGUAAAAAAAAAUUGAUUUUUUACUAUUUUUAUAAUUUGUUCAAUCACGAAACAUCGGAAAAAUUUCUAUUGAAAUGUUGAAAGUCAUUUUCUUUAGUAUUGCAUUCUUUUACAUAACAAGAACAGUCCACAGUGUCGAAUUAACGUUUGAGCUGGCAGAUAAUGCAAAGGAGUGUUUCUACGAGGAAAUUAAAGCAAAUCAAACGGCAACAUUAGAAUUUCAGGUUGUUACCGGUGGACAAUACGAUGUUGACGUAUCGCUAGCAAAUCCAAAAGGAGAAGUUCUCUACCAGCAAGUCAAAGCUCAAUUCGAUUCUCAUCAAUUCACAGCCACCUUGAACGGCGUAUACGUAGCAUGCUUCAGCAACGAAUUCUCGACAUUUUCGCAUAAGUUAGUGUACAUGGAUUUCCAAGUUGGUGAAGACUCGCCCCUAUUCAACUUAGAAGAUCAUGCGACAGCAUUAACACAAAUGGAAUCAUCAGCUCAGGAAAUACACAAAAGUUUAAAUUCCAUUCUUGACUAUCAGACGCAUCAUCGACUGAGGGAAGCGCAGGGCCGUAAACGAGCCGAAGACAUUAACGAACGUGUGUUAUGGUGGUCCAUUUUAGAAACAUUUGGCAUCUUAGUUAUUAGUAUUGCACAAGUGCUUGUACUUAGAAACUUUUUUACUGAUCGGAAGCCUAUUCAGAUUCGUUAAAAAACAUGAUUUCAAACCGACUUUGUGUUGUUGUUUGUUAAACUUUUGUUCUAUUUUUUUUUUAAUGGAGAAUAUGUCUUGUGUGUUAGGAUGUAUAUGUAAAUGGAACUGCGAUUCAGCAACUGUGCCAGUCGAUAAAAUUAAAAUUAGAAAUGAUUUCAAUGAACCAAAAAAUAAAUUAUUUAGGCACACAUGUCUG